GGCACUUGCCCGACUGCUGCUUGCAGAACUAUGGAAGUAUAUUCCUCGCAAGCAAUCUGUAAACGUAAAGUAAAUUUAUUGUAAAUAGUCAUCAGCAAGGGAGCCCAACCUCUAAACAUAUUCACACAGGCCAUGGAAUAGAUUUAUUGAUGUGGGCAUAUGUUUCUACAGGCUCAAACAAUGAUGGCAUUCACUUGGCAGAAAGUGCCAGAAAGUUUACUGUUAUAUUUUAACUGGAACUUUUGUGUUGCUCUCGGCGGAAGUGUGUAACAAGCUGAGGUGUGAUUGGAUGGUUUGACCGCCCAUUGAUUAGCUUGACAAUAAACUGGAGGUGGACAACGGUGAGAUUGUGAAUUACCGUCAGCAAGACCAGCAGUAGCAAUGAUCCCGCCAACAUAUCGACUUUCGUCACUCGAGCUUAGCCUAUGAGAGUCUUUUAGAGGAGCAGGCGACAUCAGUGCCGACCACACACGUUCAGAAGUCAGUGACGGAACUUUCUGCAGUGAGUAGCAGAACUCCUUGCCAGUGCUUGAUACAGUCGAUAACCUUGUCUCUAUUAAUUACACGAUGCUAGCACCAGUGGGCUGAUAUCUAAUUACGAACCUUAUCAUCCAAAGUGGUCUUUGUUUUAUUCAUCCAUAGAUUCUUUUUAGCAGAUGGAUUUAUGCCUCGCUGUGAUGCUAAGCCACUGAAAGACUGUUUUCACUAAAGAUUGGUAUUUUUCAUUAAACCUGCCUGGACAGAGGUGUUUGCUCAAAUUGCAAAUUAGUGGUAUAUGCACUCUGAUCUUUCUGUUUUAUUUCUAUUUCCUUUUUUGUGAUGUAAUGGAGAAGGCAACUUUUUCGAUAAUAUGAUUUCAAUGUGGAUAUAAGAGGGGGCGAUCGUUAAUCAUUGAUCUGUUAAUCAAACACAAGAACUCGAUGUCUCUCGGAAAAUUAAUGAUGCAUUGAAAACUGACAAUUUACACUGAAAACGUUCUCAACAGGAAGCUCUCGGGGCUGUCGAUUUAAGGAUUUCAAACUUUUCUUUGUGAUCAAACGGAUUUGGGAUUCAUUAUCAACAUAUCCACAGGAUGGUCGAAUCCAACAACACAGAAGACACGGAGGAAAUUUUGUUGAUAAGAUUCGGGGUAUGGAACCAUACAAGUCACUCAAACCAAACGACUGUAGGACCCCUAUCCAACCCUACCCCGCCGGGUCUGCCGAUGGUGGCCCCAUCCUACAUAGCCCUAUUCUCGUCCUUGUUCUGUGUGGUUGGCACGGUGGGAAUCCUUGGGAACCUAAUGGUUGUAUACAUCAUCUUGGCAGACAGGAAGAUGAGAAAAUCUGUUACGAAUAUGCUCAUCCUGAACCUUGCUCUGGCGGACUCUCUGAUCAUGCUAUGUGGCAUCCCUGAGAUUGUUCUGUUUAUGAUCAACAAAGGUUGGCUUCUUGGACUGGUGAUGUGUAAGUUCCAGAGGACUGUUCUUGUAUGUGCGCUGUACUCAUCGGUGCUUACCUUGGUGGCGGUCUGCAUUGAAAGGUAUAUAGCCAUCGUGUUUCCAAUCAAAGCCCACAUCGUGUGCACCAAACGACGUAUAUUUGUCGUCAUCAUCAUUGUGUGGUUCUUCUCCCUGGUGUGCGGCACUCCUACAGCAUUGUUCAACUCCGUUCACCUAGUGGCUCCAGGAAAAUAUUUCUGUUACACCCAGUUCCCUGGUAAUAACAGCAUUGACUACUUGAAAGCUUAUAAGUACACAGAAUCAGCACUUUUCUACUUCGGACCGCUUACAAUCCAAUUAGUUUGUUACAUCGUCAUAGGCAAAAGGUUAUUUGUCGGCGUGGAGAAACUUCACCGAAAUGUGAACAGGAACCGGAAUGAGCGUGGAGGCGGGCGGACAUCGGAAGCCAUCAAAGCAAGAAAAGGCGUCGUUAAAAUGCUAAUUGCCAGUGUUGUAAUAUACUUCCUUAGCUAUUCCCCUCAUCAAGUAUUAAUGUUCUACAACACUUUCUCUUCACAGCGUUUUGAGGAGUCAUGGGUGUAUGUUGUGUUCGUUACCACUCUAGGGUACAUCAACUCUGCUGCCAACCCUCUUUUGUACUGUGUUUUCAGCGAGAACUUCAGAAAGAAGUUCCAAUAUCUACUUCACUGUUGUGGAUGCUGCCAUGAAGACUACGAACGCCAGAGAACAAUAAGUAUGACGUCCUAUACAGAGUACACGACCCUGUUCAAGAAGUCUACCCGACGGCCAAACAACCUGAGCUCAGUCUAGUCUAAUAAUUAUUAAAUAAUAAUAUUCACUGUUAACUAUAUGACGUGUUCUUGUACAUCUGGCACAGUUUUUGCUUUCAUUGCCACUAAAGUAUUGUACGCAUGUGUGUAACAUUUGUAAUGUGCAAACGAUGAUUUCUUUC